CGCCCGUCACUCCACGCUUCCCCCUCAACACCACACCCGCCAUACCGCGUGUCUUGACUGCAAUUGCCUCAAGAUGCCGGGCGCCGUCAAGAAAACGCCGAUGAAGCGUGUGCUUGCCGAAGCCACCAAUACCCGCGCUAACGUGCAGGCGUCGCCCCGCUCUGCGAAGAAGUUGAAGCUUGACAAUGGCGCCAGCACGAACGGACGGCCUCCCAUCAAGGCUGUCAAUGGCUCUUUCAAUUCCAGCCAGCCGCAGAGCGAGUUCGAAGGGGUGCUGGAGCAGAUGACGCAGGACAUCGAGACACUCAAGCAGACGAACACGGAGAGGGACCAGCAGUGGAGGCGGCCCCCGCUACCCGAGGAUUUCGACGCGAUGACGCACAAUGUCACGUUCCAGCAGAUUGAGGCCGAGGAAGGAGUGCUGAACGGAGGAAAGGCCACGGUCAAGCUCUUUGGUGUCACUCAGGAUGGCCACUCUGUUCUCCUCCAUGUCACAAACUUCCUCCACUACUUCUACGUCGCCGCGCCGGUGGACUUCCAGCGGAAUGACUGCAACGCCUUCAAGAACUACCUUGAGUCCGAGUGCCAGAAGGCGUUCAACGUACACUCGGCCAUGAUACACUCGGUGCAGAUGACAAUGAGGGAGAACAUCCUGCGCUUUCAGGGGAACCAGCAGAGCCCAUACCUCAAGAUCACAGUCAACGAUCCCAAGUUCAUCAACCGAGUGCGGAAGCUGGUGCAAGAGCAGAACGCGAACUGGAAACAGCUUUGGAAAUACAGCGAAGGUGGUAUCCUCACAUUCGACAAUAUCACAUACGUGUUGCGAUUCAUGAUCGAUACCAAGAUCUCCGGCAUGUCCUGGGUUGAAGCGCCAGCUGGGAAGUACAAGAUGAUCGCUCCGCGCGACCGCCAUUCAAACUGUCAGGUCGAAGCCCAGAUCCACUUUGGGGACCUGAUUGCGCAUGCCUCCGAUGGAGAAUGGGCAAAACUUGCCCCUCUGCGCAUUUUGUCCUUCGAUAUCGAGUGCGCCGGCCGCAAGGGCAUCUUCCCCGAGGCGAACGUGGACCCAGUCAUCCAGAUCGCAAACGUCGUCACGAGAUAUGGUGAAGAUAAACCCUUCGUGCGAAAUGUCUUCUGCAUGGACACCGUUAGCCCGAUCGCUGCGACCCAGAUCCUGUCAUUCCAUGAUGAGAGAGACAUGCUCUUGAAGUGGCGCGAUUUCUUGGAGGAGGUCGAUCCGGACGUCAUCAUUGGGUACAACAUUGCGAACUUCGACUUCCCGUACCUCCUAGACCGCGCGAAACACUUGAAAGUGAACAGGUUCCCGUACUGGUCGCGGCUGAAGACUGUGGUGUCUAAAUCCGAGAGCACCAACUUCUCAAGCAAACAGAUGGGAAACCGCGAUAUGAAGACCACCAACACUAACGGCCGCAUCCAACUUGAUUUGCUUCAGCUCAUCCAACGCGAUCAUCAGCUGCGAAGCUACACCCUCAACGCGGUGUGCGCGCACUUCUUGAAGGAGCAAAAGGAAGAUGUCCAUCACAGCAUGAUCACUGAGCUGUACAAUGGAGACGCCAACUCUCGCCGCAGAUUGGCCGUCUACUGCCUCAAGGAUGCGUAUCUACCUCAGCGACUGCUCGACAAGCUCCUGUGUCUGGUCAACUAUACCGAAAUGGCAAGAGUCACGGGCGUUCCUUUCAACUACCUCCUUGCCCGAGGUCAGCAAGUCCGAUUCAUUAGCCAGCUCUUCCGAAAGGCUCUGGAGCACCAGCUCGUUAUCCCCGACCUUCCCAAUCAAGGCGACAGCGGCGAUCAGUACGAAGGUGCUACUGUCAUCGAACCAAAGCGUGGGUACUACAAGGUUCCUAUCGCUACGCUCGACUUUGCUUCCCUGUACCCCAGUAUUAUGCAGGCACACAAUCUCUGCUACACAACCUGGUUGACGAAGGAAUCCGUCGAGAAGUUGAACCUGAAGAAGGAGGAGGACUAUAUCCAGACACCCAACGGCGACCUCUUUUGCACCACCAAAGUCCGCAAGGGUCUGCUGUCGCAGAUUCUAGAGGAGUUGUUGGGGGCGCGCAAGAGGGCCAAAAAGGAGCUGGCAGUUGAGACCGACCCCUUCAAGAAGGCCGUGCUUAACGGCCGUCAGCUCGCUCUGAAGGUGAGCGCAAACUCCGUUUAUGGCCUGACUGGUGCCACGAACGGAAAGCUACCUUGUCUCGCUAUCGCCAGUAGUACGACAAGUUUUGGUCGCCAAAUGAUUGAGAAAACCAAAACCGAAGUCGAAGCGAAGUACAACAUUGCGAACGGAUACACCCAUGACGUGGAGGUCAUUUACGGCGACACGGACUCCGUCAUGGUGAAGUUUGGGACCAAUGACCUCGGGCAGGCUAUGAAGCUCGGUCAAGAAGCUGCCGACUACGUCUCGGGGAAGUUCAUCAAGCCCAUCAAGCUUGAGUUCGAGAAGGUCUACUAUCCUUACCUCCUUAUCAACAAGAAACGAUAUGCGGGCUUGUACUGGACGAAUCCGAACAAAUGGGACAAAAUGGACACCAAAGGCAUCGAGACGGUGCGACGUGACAACUGUCGUCUUGUACAGACGGUCAUUGAUACCUCACUUCGAAUGUUACUCAUCGACAAGGACCCCGAAGGCGCUCAAGACUUCGUGAAGGAAACUAUAUCCGAUCUUCUGCAGAACAAGAUCGAUAUGUCGAAUCUCGUAAUCACCAAAGCUCUCACCAAGCAAGAAGACAAGGAAGGAAAGGGUGGCUACACAGCCAAACAAGCGCACGUCGAGCUCGCCGAGCGAAUGAAGAAGCGCGACGCCGGAUCCGCCCCCGGCCUGGGAGAUCGCGUCGCCUAUGUCAUGGUCAAGGGCGCAGCAGGUUCCAGGAACUACGAAAAAUCUGAAGACCCAAUCUACGUCUUGGAGAACAAUAUCCCCAUCGACACGAAAUACUACCUCGACAAUCAGCUCGCCAAACCUCUCGGCCGUAUCUUCGAGCCCGUCAUCGGCGAGAAGAAGGCAAAUUCACUGCUCACCGGCGAACAUACUCGAUCCAUUUCCGUCGCAGUCCCCACGAUGGGCGGCCUAAUGAAGUUCACGAAGAAGACACAGACGUGCAUGGGUUGCAAGAAACCGCUGGUCAGUGCCACGGAGAAGGAUGGUGCGGUUUGCGAAAAUUGCAGACCGCGUAUCGGUGAGUUGUACCAGAAGACACUGUCCAAGGUCAGCGAGUUGGAGGUGAGGUUCGCGAGGCUCUGGACGCAGUGCCAGAGGUGCCAGGGAAGUGUGCAUUGCGAAGUCAUCUGCUCGAGCAGGGAUUGUCCCAUCUUCUAUAUGCGGAUGAAGGCGAGGAAAGAUGUUGAAGACGCUGGUAAGGAACUUGUGCGGUUCGAUAAUGAUGCUGCGCUGUGGUAAGGGCGGCGAUAUGUGUGCAUUCGUGGCGGGCCUCGAGUCUUCUAGAACAUGGCAUGAAGAGGAAUCGGCGUUCUGGUAUGACUUGACAGCACCUGGGUAAUUGCUCGCAUUGCAUUACGGAACGAGGGCUAGGGCCUGAAUAUAUCCUAUCCGGAUGCCUACCGAGAAUCGAAACGAAACGAACCGUCAGUUAAACCGUCCCCUGGGAGUGUUCAGGCGUCUUAAUCUUCCUGCACCAGCCGUGCGUGCUUUCUCGGGGUCUGUCGCUGGGGAUUGACCACCGAGCCAAGCUUGUCAGCCAGGGCUAGCCGCUCCAUUGGAUCAUGUCGUGAGGAACA